CUCCAGUGUGUCUCGCCAAUUGGUGAGUGGCUGUCGCUGCCUUAUAUUUCCUAAUCAGAAGUAGUUUCGUUUUUGCAGAGCUGCUGGAGAAGGUAGGACGGAAGCGACGGGUCGUUGUAUGAGCGGCCAGGAUGAGUCAGUGGUAUAAACUACAGCAGUUGGAUUCCAGGUUUUUGGAACAAGUUCACCAGCUCUAUGAUGACAGCUUUCCCAUGGAAAUCAGACAGUAUUUGGCCCAAUGGCUGGAAAGCCAAGACUGGGACCAUGCUGCCAGUGAUGUUUCUCUAGCUACUUUGCUCUUCCAGAACCUUCUGUCACAGCUAGAUGAUCAGUACAGCCGUUUUACACAAGAGAACAACUUCUUACUGCAGCACAAUAUAAGAAAGAGCAAGCGUAACCUACAGAAUACUUUUGAGGAAGACCCCAUGUAUAUGGCCAUGAUGAUUUCCAAGUGUCUGCAUGAAGAAAGGAAAAUCCUCAAAGCUGCCCAGUCAGCAGAUCAGAUGCAAGUUGGGAGUGUGCAGAAUACUGUCAUGCUGGGUAGGCAGAAGGAGCUGGAUGGAAAAGUCAAAAACGUGAAGGACAAUGUCGUAGAAAUAGAACAACUCAUCAAAAAUUUGGAGGACUUGCAAGAUGAAUAUGACUUCAAAAACAAAACUUUACAGGUCAGAGAAGGUGAGGCCAACGGUAUGACCCAAGAUGACUAUAGAAAGGAAAAAGUACAGCUCCAUACAAUGUAUUUGCACCUUGGCGUCCUGAGACAGGAUGUGGUACGCAAAAUAACAGCCUUGCUGAAUUUAACCGAACGCACACAAAAUGAUUUGAUCAGAGAAGAACUGGUUGAAUGGAAGGGCCGACAACAAAUUGCUUGCAUUGGUGGCCCACCCAAUGCAUGCUUAGACCAGCUUCAAAACUGGUUUACAACAGUAGCAGAGAGUCUUCAGCAAGUUCGCCAGCAGCUUAAGAAACUGGAGGAGCUGGAGCAGAAGUUUACAUAUGAUUCAGACCCCAUCACACAACACAAAAAAGGAUUGCAUGACCGGACACUGGGCCUCUUCAAGCAACUUAUUCAAUGUUCAUUUGUAGUAGAAAGGCAGCCUUGUAUGCCCACACAUCCUCAGAGGCCGUUGGUAUUGAAGACUGGAGUGCAAUUUACGGUAAAAUUGAGAUUGCUGGUGAAACUACAGGAAUUGAAUUACAAAUUAAAGGUCCAGGUUGUAUUUGAUAAAGAUGUGAAUGAGAGAAACACAGUAAGAGGAUUUAGAAAAUUUAACAUCUUGGGGACAAAUACCAAAGUGAUGAACAUGGAGGAGUCUAAUGGAAGCCUGUCAGCAGAAUUCAGACACCUGCAAUUAAAAGAGCAGAAAAAUGCUGCAAGAACUAAUGAGGGACCGCUAAUAGUCACAGAAGAACUCCAUUCCCUUUGUUUUGAAACUACGCUGGAACAGAGUUCACUGAUAAUUGAUCUAGAGACCAUGUCCCUUCCUAUUGUUGUGAUUUCAAAUGUCAGUCAGCUGCCGAGUGGAUGGGCUUCGAUUUUAUGGUACAACAUGCUGACUAAUGAGCCCAAGAAUUUGUCCUUCUUUCUGAAUCCACCAUGUGCAAGAUGGUCUCAGCUUUCUGAUGUGCUGAGCUGGCAGUUUUCUUCUGUCACAAAAAGGGGGCUCGACACAGAUCAGCUGAACAUGUUGGGGGAGAAGUUGCUUGGUUUCGGUAAAUGCAUUCCAGAUGGUCUCAUUAGUUGGGCAAGAUUCUGUAAGGAAAACAUAAAUGAUAAGAACUUUCCCUUUUGGCUGUGGGUGGAAGGGAUCCUUGAACUUAUUAAGAAACAUCUUCUUUUCCUCUGGAAUGAUGGAAGUAUCAUGGGCUUUAUCAGCAAAGAGCGAGAGCGCAAUCUGCUGAAGGAUAAGCAAAGUGGCACAUUUCUCUUGAGAUUCAGUGAAAGUAGCCGAGAAGGAGCAAUCACUUUUACCUGGGUAGAAGGGCCGGCAAACGAUCCAUCCUUCCAUUCCGUAGAACCCUACACAAGGAAGGAACUCACAGCUGUUAGUCUCCCUGAUAUCAUUCGCAGUUACAAGGUGAUGGCAGAUGAAAAUAUUCCUGAAAAUCCCUUGAAAUACCUUUAUCCAGAUAUUCUCAAAGACAAUGCUUUUGGAAAAUACUACUCCAGGCCCAAAGAUCCAUCGGAGCCCAUGGAUGUGGAGGGCGGAGAAAAGGGAUACAUCAAAACUGAAUUAAUCUCUGUAUCUGAAGUACACCCUUCUAGACUACAGAACACAGACAACCUCUUGCCCAUGUCUCCAGAAGAAUUUGAUGAGGUCUCUCGAGUGAUAAGCCCUGCAGAUAUUAUGAUGUGUUCAGAAUAUGCAUCGUAAGUGCUUGUCGGGUAGGCCUGCAUCAAGACGAUGUCACUUUCAGAAUGCCUACCAGUCUGCAGCUAGUUGAGGGCCAACUGAAGUUCUGAACUCCAUCGUAUUCAUCAUCUGGUCUUUUGAGAAGAGGCCAAACAUUGUAGUACGUGAUGCACCGGCUUGCGGAAACAGACAUGCUUAGUUGCUUCCUAAAAUAGUUCUGCCGCGAGCUGUUCUGUACAUAGUUUGCUGCUAUCCCAUUAUGUAAGUGGAAAGGGAUCUAAACUCAUUUGUAAGGUGUGCAUGUAGAACUCCAAAAAAUAAAGGGGCUUCUGUAUGCCUGCCUAAUGCCGCCCUCCCGUAAAAGUGAACAUUCUUUUGCAAAUUGCAUGAAUUGGAGCACAAGCUGCCUGGUCCUGCCAAGAUGGGAGCUGGUUAUACAGCGACUUCAAGCAAAGCAGGAUGAGUGGCGUGACCACUGUCGGCAUGGCAUUUGAGCUAGCCCCUGUCAGUUUGCUGUGGCUGACACGAUGUGCCAGGGAAGACAGCAGUGGCACCAGCUGCAGCUACCAGUCAGGACAGUGGCGCCAUUGCCUCUGUGGACGCAGCAGCAAGGUCUUCUAGCUCGGUUUACUCUUGUGCAUCAUGUCAGCCACUGAUCACAAUAUACAGUUUCUUGCCUCUCUAAGGGAGAGGGUUAGCUUUGUGACAGGGACAUAGAGACAAUGGGGAGGGAGCUAGAGAACUGAUGCAUCAGCACAUUUGGGGGUGGGCGGGGGGAGAGAGUGGCAUGUGUGUGGUGGGGAGGGAAUUGGCUAAUUCUAUCAAGAGCAGUGUGGAAAUAAUAUAGAGCUAUGCUACAUGUUGCCCUGUAGAUGCUGGCUUCUCCGUGUGAGAAGUGGCUUAACCCUUCUGCUGCUUGUGCUUCAUUCUGCAGCUUGUAGAGAUGUGUUUGUGAGGUUAAAACUAUUUCUCCCUCCCCCUUUCAGUCUCAAAUAGCUCAUUCCCAAAGCUGCUAUUUCCUAAAAGCAGCAGCUGGUAGAUAUCUGUAUCAUGUUAUUUGGCAUAAUAAAUCUUGGUGUUUAUAUAUACA